UGAGCCCAGGAAAGGACACACUGUUGCUGCUGCAGGAAUACCCAGCUUCCAUGGGACGUGUAUGGACCCUGCUGUGAAAUGAACUCAGCAAGGACUUGUUGGCUAUGACCUCCCUUCCCCUGAGGAGCACCCAGAGCCAUCGUUCCUGGGUUUUCCUAAUUGUGUCCUGUCCUCUUCUUGCCAAGGUCAACGGGCCAGUCUUGAGUAGGCGUCCCUAGGCUCAUCUGCCAGCCUCAACAUGAACACAGGCACAGCUGAUGACGGCCAGGGUUCCCAAGGGACGUGGGGCCCCACGGGGUCCGGCCCCCAGCCGCAGGACCUUUCAUGAUGCGGGUGUCCGGGAGUGAGCACCAUGCCCAUCACCCAGGACAAUGCCGUGCUGCACCUGCCCCUCCUCUACCAGUGGCUGCAGAACAGCCUGCGGGAGGGCGGGGACGGGCCCGAGCAGCGGCUCUGCCACGCGGCCAUCCAGAAACUGCAGGAGUACAUCCAGCUGAACUUGGCCGUGGAUGAGAGUGCGGUGCCCCCCGACCUCAGCCCUCCAGAAAUGGAGAUCUGUACUGUGUACCUCACCAAGCAGCUGGGGGACACAGAGACCGUCGGCCUCAGUUUUGGGAACAUCCCUGUUUUCGGGGACUACGGUGAAAAGCGCAGAGGAGGCAAGAAGAGGAAGACCCACCAGGGCCCCGUGCUGGACGUGGGCUGUAUCUGGGUGACAGAGCUGAGGAAGAACAGCCCCGCGGGCAAGAGCGGGAAGGUCCGGCUGCGGGACGAGAUUCUCUCCCUCAACGGGCAGCUGAUGGUCGGAGUGGACGUCAGCGGGGCCAGUUACCUGGCUGAGCAGUGCUGGAAUGGCGGCUUCAUCUACCUGAUCAUGCUGCGGCGCUUCAAGCACAAAACCCAGUCUACUUAUAAUGGCAACAGUGGCAACAGCUCUGAACCAGGAGAGACACCUACCUUGGAGCUGGGUGACCGAACUUCAAAAAAGGGGAAAAGAGCAAGAAAGUUUGGGGUCAUUUCCAAACCUCCCACCAGCAAGUCCCCGGAGGAAUCCAGGAGCAGCGCCAGCUGUGAGUUGGCCGAUGACACCAACACUGAGCUGGAGAACGGCACUGACCCUGAACUUGGAAACGGGCAUGCCUAUGAGCUAGAAAAUGGCCCGCAUUCUCUCAAGGAGGUGGCUGGACCCCAUCUCGAGAGAUCAGAAGUAGACAGAGGAACGGAGAACAGAACUCCAAAGACAGAUGCUCCUCUGACCACAAGCAAUGACAAACGUCGCAUCUCAAAAGCUGGAAAGACGGACUUUCAGUCAAGUGACUGCCUGGCUCGGGAGGAAGUUGGUCGGAUAUGGAAGAUGGAGCUGCUCAAAGAAUCAGAUGGGCUGGGAAUUCAGGUUAGUGGAGGCCGAGGAUCAAAGCGCUCACCUCACGCUAUCGUUGUCACUCAAGUGAAGGAAGGAGGUGCCGCUCACAGGGAUGGCAGACUGUCCUUGGGAGAUGAGCUGCUGGUAAUCAAUGGUCACUUACUGGUCGGGCUCUCCCAUGAGGAAGCUGUGGCCAUUCUUCGUUCAGCCACCGGAAUGGUGCAGCUGGUCGUGGCCAGCAAGGAAAGCUCCGCAGAGGACCUCCUCAGGUUGACCUCUAAGAGUCUGCCUGACUUGACCAGCUCGAUAGAGGAUGUGUCCUCAUGGACCGACAAUGAAGACCAGGAGCCAGACGGGGAAGAGGAGGAAGGGACCAGCUCAUCCGCCAUCCAAAGAGCAAUGCCUGAGUCAGAUGAACACCAAGAUGUGUGCGGCCCUGAGGAUUCCAAGGGGAGCUUGGAAAGUCCCAAACAGGGCAACAGUAAACUGAAGCUCAAGAGUCGUCUGUCAGGGGGUGUCCACCGUCUGGAGUCAGUGGAAGAAUAUAAUGAGCUGAUGGUGCGCCACGGAGACCCCCGGGCCAGGAUGCUGGAGGUCUCCCGAGAUGGCCGGAAGCACUCCCUGCCCCAGCUACUGGACUCCGGAGCAUCGCAGGAAUACCACAUUGUGAAGAAAUCCACCCGCUCCCUAAGCACCACCCAUGUGGAAUCUCCCUGGAGACUCAUUCGCCCGUCUGUUAUCUCCAUCAUAGGCCUGUACAAAGAAAAAGGCAAGGGCCUUGGCUUUAGCAUUGCUGGAGGUCGAGACUGCAUUCGAGGCCAGAUGGGGAUUUUUGUUAAGACCAUUUUUCCAAAUGGAUCAGCUGCAGAAGACGGAAGACUUAAGGAAGGUGAUGAAAUUCUAGAUGUCAAUGGAAUACCAAUUAAGGGCUUGACGUUUCAAGAAGCUAUUCAUACCUUUAAGCAAAUACGGAGCGGGCUGUUUGUCUUAACAGUUCGCACCAAGUUACUGAGCCCCAGCCUCACACCCUGCUCGACCCCCACACACAUGAGCAGAUCGAGCUCCCCAAACUUCAACACCAGUGGGGGAACCUCAGUGGGAGCCUCUGAUGAAGGCAGCUCUUCAUCCCUGGGUCGGAAGACCCCUGGACCCAAGGACAGAAUUGUCAUGGAGGUCACUCUCAACAAAGAGCCAAGGGUUGGACUAGGCAUCGGUGCUUGCUGCUUGGCUUUGGAAAACAGUCCUCCAGGCAUCUACAUUCACAGCCUUGCCCCAGGCUCAGUGGCCAAGAUGGAGAGCAACCUGAGCCGCGGAGACCAAAUCCUGGAAGUGAACUCAGUCAACGUUCGCCAUGCAGCUUUGAGCAAAGUGCAUGCCAUCUUGAGCAAAUGCCCCCCAGGACCUGUCCGCCUGGUCAUCGGCCGGCACCCUAAUCCUAAGGUUUCCGAGCAGGAAAUGGAUGAAGUGAUAGCACGCAGCACUUAUCAGGAGAGCAAAGAGGCCAGUUCCUCUCCUGGCUUAGGUACUCCCUUGAAGAGCCCCUCUCUUGCCAAAAAGGACUCCCUUAUUUCUGAAUCUGAAUUCUCCCAGUACUUCGCCCACGAUGUCCAGGGCCCCUUGUCAGACUUCAUGGUGGCCGGCUCUGAGGAUGAGGAUCACCCAGGAAGUAGCUGCAGUGCCUCUGAGGACGGCAGCCUGCCUCCCAGCUCCUCCACUCACAAGGAACCAGGAAAAGCCAGGGCCAACAGCCUUGUGUCUCUGGGAAGCCAGAGGACCUCUGGGCUCUUCCACAAGCAGGUGACAGUUGCCAGACAAGCCAGUCUUCCUGGAAGUCCACAGGUCCUCAGGAACCCUCUGCUCCGCCAGAGAAGGGUGGGCUGCUACGACGCCAACGAUGGCAGCGAUGAGGAAGAGUUCAGCAGAGAAGGUGACUGCGUUUCCCUCCCAGGAUCCCUGCCAGGUCCCAGCAGGCCUCUGACAGAAGACCACUCUAGGCAUGCCUUGGUGACGUCUCCCAAGAUCACGGAUGUCAACAAGCAAGAGGAGCAACGCCAGAAAACACAGGUCAGCAAGGCCUCCUCAGUGCCCCUCCUGGGCAGCUCGUUGUACUUGGAGGAGAGUGUUCCAGAGGGUAUGGUGGAUGCUGCUUCCCAGGCAACCAGCCUGCUGGGUUCUGCAGAGGUCCCAAGGAAUGGCCCUGGAGGCUCAGGAAGAAAGGAACUGUCAGGAUCCAGAAGUUCACCCAAAUUGGAAUACAAAGUCCAUAUAGAUACCCAGAGUGUGAAGAGCACAGAGAACCCUAUUCCCCCCCAGAAGAGUGAAAACCUGAUGUCCAGGCACAAACCAGUGGCCAGGGUCAGCCCACACUGCAAGAGGCCCGAGGCAGAGUCCAGCUGCUCAGAGACAGAGUCCCUGACUGACAAGGCUGAUGGACCAUGUGGUCAGGACGUAAAAAUCCAGGCCACUGCCUUCAAAGAGACUGUCACUGGUCUUCUACCAGAUGGAACUGCCAAGGAGGAACCUCUGGGGAAGCUGACCCCUGGGGAUGGAUGUGUCCCGAUUGACUGUGGGCCAGCCAGUAUUCUGUGUCACCCUGACCCCGGACAUCUCACAGAGAACCCCCCCGAAGCUGCACCAGAGUGGGGGCAACAGCCUGUGACUGGACCAAACAGCCCUCCGGCCCUGCUCCCUUCCCCAGGAAAGGAGGCCACCCAUCCUGAUCUCAGCAAGACCUCCACGGAUGCAUGGCAAGUCAGCAGGCCUGAGAAGGCUGGCCAGCCUGUGUUGCCCAGGCUCCUGGAGCCUGAGGCCCAGGGCAGAUCUGCUGUGAUGGUCCCCCACGAGUGCAGCACACCCCCAGGGGAGAAGGCAGUGACCCCUCCUGACUUCAGCAAGACUCUGGCCAGCUGCCAUGGCACCACCAGAAAGGCAGCUGCCCCCAGAGUUGUGGGACCUGGGGCCGAGGAAGCAACACCAGCCAGUGCCCUCCUGCCACAAGACCUCAUAUCCCGGGAGCAGAGUCGAGGAACUCCAGCCACCCACUGCAAGGGCUCCAAAUCCUCAGAAGACCAAGCCCCUGAGACCCCCCAGGAGGCCACUCUGCUUGAGGUCACAGAUGCUGUGUCUGCAAGGGUGUCACGGGCCAGCCCCUCCCUGCCAGUGCCCACUGACAAGACCAGCGACACGUGUGAUGGGGUCUCUGGGCACUGCUGCCCACUGGGGAGCAGAGAGAGCCUGGUGACAGACAUUGACAGAUUCAUCAAGGAGCCAGAGGCUUCUGAAGUGAGGCCUCAGUCUUCUCAGAAAGGGGGAGGCAGGGGUCACCAAGGCACUUCUCAGGUUAUGCUGCAGGCAGGAGCUGGAGGUGGCAGUUCCCAGCAUGCCCUUCCAGUCACAGGUGACCAGACAUCGUCCCCCAGGAAGGCCUUGGCCACUGCUUCCCCAACAGCCCCACUGUGGGCCUCCCAGCCUUCAGUUUUAGAUUCCAUUAAUCCCAAUAAACAUUUUACUGUGAACAAAAACUUUCUGAGCAACUACUCUAGAAAUUUUAGCAGCUUUCAUGAAGACAGUAACUCCCUGUCAGGCCUGGGCGACAGUACAGAGCCAUCUCUCUCCUCCAUGUAUGGAGAUGCCGAGGACUCCUCUUCCGACUCCGAGUCGCUCACUGAAGCCCCACAAGCUUCCACCAGGGACAGCUGGUCACAGCCUCGUUCUCAUGGGUCUUCUCCCAAGGAAGAUCCUACGGAGUCUGAGGAGGAACAAAUUGAAAUUUGUUCCACGAAUGGUCACCCCAAUCCACCCUCGACGACUCCCGCUCAGGCUGCACCCUGCCCGGCGUUAGCCAAAGUUCUGCCGUUGAAGCACAGUGCGCUGAGCGAGUCCCUGGGAGACCCCUGCGAGACAGCGUCCUUCUUGCCAGGAGCCUCCUGCACUUCCAGCCCAAACUCUCCCCAGAUGUUUUCACUCCUGGAUCUGAGGGCUCAGGAGCAGGAAACUCCUGCGGAGAUGAGCAUUUCACAGAGUCACAGGACUCUGCGUGCAGAAGAAACUAUGGAAGUGAACGGCCAACCUUCUAAAGUUGUGAGGCACGACCCACCAGUCACGCUCGGCUCCCCUCACGUGGUGAAUGGUCUGGGACAUGACUGGCUGGAUGACAAAAACCCAGACAGACAAGAAACAAAGGCAGACACCACUGAAAACGUGUGCCCCUUCAGUGUGGACAUCCCAAAGAACGGAGAGUCUGUUUUGGCAGACCUACACAUCUCGGAGAGUCAAGACCUGGAUGACUUGCUGCAGAAACGAAAAAUGAUCUCCAGGAGGCCCAUCAUGGCCUGGUUUAAAGAAAUAAAUAAAAAUAGCCAAGGUUCACACGGACAGAGCAAACCAGAGAAGGACUACUCCACCAUGCCAGCCAGAAGUCCCGACUCCAAAAUUCAGAUGUUGAGCUCAAACCACAAAAAGGGGGUUGCCAUACCUAAUAGCCCUCCUCCGCUCAAAAUCAAUCUUGAAAAUAAAGAUUCAACUAAAAAGGGUUCGGUGGAAACACUUUUAAGUAACUGUCAGAAACCCAAGUGCGGCCCGAAGCUGAGGAGACUCAGCAUCAAAAGCAAAAGCAAAGUCUGCUCUGAGGCCCCUGCUGCUAAUCCUGCUAAGGCUGGUGGGGCAGACCACAGGAAAUCCUUAAUUUCACCCCAGACCUCCCACAGAAUGCUUUCCAAGGGAGCGUCACACCGGUUUCACAUAGCUGACCAAGAAGAACAUGACAAAAACACCACAGACACCCCCCAGGCUCCCCAGUGUGUGCUGGAGAGCAGGCCACCACUGGCUGCCUCUGGGUCACUGAAGGCCUCCGCAUCAGACACGAGCAUCAGCACAUUCAUUUCCCCCCUGACCUCCCCAAAGACGCUUCCUGAACAAAGCACGUAUAACCGGUUCCACGCGGCUGUCCACUCAGAAUCCACCAGAGGUUGCCCAGCGACCCCCAGAUCUCCCAGGUGUGGACCAGAGGGCAAGGCACCCUGUGCUGUCUCUGGGCUGGUGAGUCCCGCAGCGUCCAGGAGCAGUGUGUCCCUGGCAGGGGUCAGACAGAGUGAGCCACGCACAUCCAGUCAGAUGGUCUCAGUGUCAGAUGCAGCCCAACCCAGGGGGACCAGUGAAAAAGGAAGCAAGAGAAUUGCUAGUGAUCCCCUGGAAAGAACAAACCAGCUGAAAAUAGUUGAGAUUUCUUCUGAAAGAAUGCCAAAGAAUGCAUGUGGUGACAAGCCUGCUGAAAGUGACAGACAGGGAGGGUUCUUGGCCCAGGGCAACUGUCAGGAGAAGAGUAAAAUCAGAUUCCACCAGUCAGUGGAAUCAUCCCCAAAUCAUCCAUCCUCACUCGUGCCUCCUGCCCCCCAGGUGGAGCAGGAAAUGCAACGAUCCUUCAGUGUGGCCAAACUGGCUUCCUCCUCCUCCCCUCAACUGCCUGCUAAAAAGGCAGAUCCCUCCCAGGGAAGAUCAAGCCUGAUGUCAGACUCCCUCCGGAUGCCCAAGAAUGACAUACCAAUGGCCCCUGCUGGGGAAGACCAUCCCUACUUCACCCCAAGGCCAGCCACCAGGACCUACUCCAUGCCAGCCCAGUUCUCAAGCCAUUUCGGACGGGAGAGUCAUUCCCCGCACAGCCCUGGUCGCUCCCCUAGGAAUGGCCAGGUCCCUGUAACUAGCACGGGUCUCCCUGAGGCAAAGGCAUCCAAAGGCAGUAUUCUCAGCCUGGCCAAUGGACAGGCUGUAUAUAGUGUCAAGCCUUUGCAGGAAAUGUCAAAGAAUGUCCCAACCAUAGAGGAAGGCGACAUCACCGCAGUCCAGGAGACAAGCUGCCUUGUCACAGACAAAAUCAAAGUCACCAGGAGGCAUUACUACUAUGAGCAGAACUGGCCCCAUGAAUCUACCUCAUUUUUCUCUGUGAAACAGAGGAUCAAGUCUUUUGAGAACCUGGCCAAUUCUGACCGGCCCACCACCAAGUCCGGGGCAUCCCCAUUUUUGUCUGUAAGCUCCAAGCCUCCCAUUGGCAGGCGGUCAUCUGGCAGCAUCACUUCAGGGAGCCUUGGCUACCCAAGUGAUGCAGCAGCGAGGUCACUGAGACGCAGCUUGAGUUCCUGCAGCGAAAGCCAAAGUGAAUCCGGUGCUCUUCUCCCACCGAUGACCAAGUCGCCGUCUAGCAUGACUUUGAUUGUCUCCCGGCAGAAUGCACCAGAGACCAGGAACAAGGUUCCAGAUUCAGACCAAAAGAAAUCGCUUGUUCCUCUGGGAAUCCCCACCCCAACUGUGACUCCAGCCUCUCCCAUCAAGAAGAACAAGUCCUCGGUGCGCCACGCCCAGCCCUCCCCUGUGUCCCGCUCUAAGCUGCAGGAACUGAGAGCCUUGAGCAUGCCCGACCUUGACAAGCUCUGCAGCAGCGAGGACUACCCUGCAGGGCCCUCCGCCAUGCUCUUCAAAACCCAGCUAGAGAUCAUCCCCAGGAGGUCGCUGGGCUCCCCCAGUGGCUCCCCAACUGCAGGCCUUCCUGGCCUUGAUGGACCGGCCACCCUUUCAUGUCCGGGGAAGGGUGGAAACAGGGCCUGUCCAGGAAGAAGCAGUCCUACAGCCAGUGAGCCUGCAGCACCCAGUUCAGCCAACGAGGUGGGUAAAACCACCCAGGACCUGCCUUCUGGAAAAAGCUGGUCAGUUAAUUUGGAUCAACUUGAAGUCUCAGUGGGGGACCAGCAGAGAUUACAGGCUGUUUUGUCAUCGGUGGGAUCAAAAUCUUCCACCCUCACUCUCAUUCAGGAAGCGAAAGCACAAUCAGAGAAUAAAGAAGAUAUUUGCUUCAUAGUCUUGAAUAAAAAAGAAGGCUCAGGUUUGGGAUUCAGUGUGGCAGGAGGGACAGAUGUGGAGCCAAAAUCAAUCAUGGUCCAUAGGGUAUUUUCUCAGGGGGCGGCUUCUCAGGAAGGGACUGUGAACCGAGGGGAUUUCCUUCUCUCCAUCAAUGGCACCUCGUUGGCUGGCUUAGCCCACGGAGACGUCUUGAAGGUUCUGCAUCAGGCACAGCUGCACAGACAUGUCCUCAUGGUCAUCAAGAAAGGGAAUGAACAGCCCAGAUCCUCCUCCAGGCAGGAGCCUCCCAUGGCCAAUGGAAAGGGUUCGCUUUCCAGAAAAACCAUGUCUCUGGAGCCUGGAACUGGGAGAAGCGGAGCUGCUCCUGGUGCUCUGUGUGUUGAAGUGCUAAAGACCUCAGCUGGGCUGGGACUGAGUCUGGAUGGAGGAAAAUCAUCCAUAUCUGGAGAUGGGCCCCUGGUCAUUAAAAGGGUGUACAAAGGUGGUGCAGCAGAACAAGCUGGAACAAUAGAAGCUGGAGAUGAAAUUCUCGCUAUUAAUGGGAAGCCCCUGGUUGGGCUCAUGCACUUUGAUGCCUGGAAUAUUAUGAAGUCUGUUCCAGAAGGACCGGUGCAGUUAGUAAUUAGAAAGCAUCGGAAUUCAUGA